AUGGUUCUCGAAGCGGUCAUGAUCGUUGUCGACAACAGCGAAAGCAGUCGCAACGGAGACUAUGCCCCCAACCGGUUCGGUGCGCAACGGGACGCCGUUAAUAUCCUCUUCCAGUCCAUCACGACGAGCAACCCGGAGUCCUCGGUCGGCCUCAUGAGCAUGGGUGGCAAGGGCCCAGAGGUGCUCAGCACAUUGACCACGGAGCAAGGCCGCAUCCUCGAGGGUCUGCACAGGACGCAGAAGAAGAUCGGCGGGGAGGCCAACCUAGCAACGGGUAUUCAAGUCGCAAGUCUCGCACUGAAGCACCGACAAAACAAGACCCAACGGCAGCGCAUCGUCGCCUUCGUCUGCUCGCCCACCAAAGACUCGGAGAAGACCCUCACGACCCUGGCCAAAAAGCUCAAGAAGGUCAACACCUCGGUUGACUUCGUCUUGUUCGGCGAGCUGGAGGGCAGUGAGACACACGAGAAGCUUACCAAGUUCAACGAGCACGUAAAGUCCGGCGAGGGCUCCCACCUCGUCACCAUCCCUGCAGGCACCGGUCUUCUCAGUGACCAGCUUGUCAGCUCGCCCAUAAUGCACGGAGAGGGUGCUGCAGGUGGUGCCGGAGCUAGCGGCGAAGGCGGCGGUGACUUCGGGGAGUUCGGCUUUGACCCCAACAACGAUCCCGAACUGGCGCUUGCGCUGCGUAUGUCUAUGGAGGAGGAGCAGGCCCGGAGAGACAGGCAAGCACGAGAGGAGGCCGAUGCGGCGCAGAAGGCAUCGCUGGACUCGGUGAAAGAGGAGGACGAGUCAUCAAAGCCCCUUCUGGACAAGAAUGGCGAGCCGAGUGGAAGCGGGAGUGGCUCAGGUUCCAAGGACGAGAAGAAGGACGGAGACAAGAGUGGCGAUAAGAUGGACACCUCUUGA